UUGUGUGGUACGGUUAAAAUUAAGAAUUUGUCUGAUGAAUACCUUAGACUUAGGUUGUUUCCUUUCUCAUUAAAAGAUAAGGCAAAAUCUUGGCUAGAUGCUUUGCCUCCUUCAUCAAUUAGGACUUGGGAAUACAUGACAAAAUUGUUUUUGAACAAGUUUUUCCCUAGGCAUAAGACUUCUGCCAUUCGUCAAAAAUUAAAUAGUUUUGUGAAACAACAGGGAGAAUCUCUCUAUGACUACUUAGAGAGAUUCCAUGAUCUUUUGCUGCAGUGUCCACAUCAUGGAUUUGAUACUCCUAGGCUUACGUUGAUUCUUUACGAAGGGUUAGAUCAUAAAACUAUGACCACGGUAGAGUCACUUUGUGGUGGUAAGUUUCAGGAAAAAAGUGCUGAUGAGGGGUAUACAUUCUUGCAAGAGGUAGCUGAAAGAACCCAAGAGUGGGAUGCUAAAGAACCGGUAAGGUCAAUUGCUAAUAGCAAAGGAGCGCACAGAGUUGAUAUUCAAUUUGACUCUGACGCUAAAAUAGCUUCGCUGACAAGAAGGCUUGAGUCGCUAGAACAUAGUUCUAAAACUAAGCCUUUCGUCGAGUCUUUGGACCAAACCUUUUAUGACGAUGGUAGUGAGCAAUUCAAUGCUCUCUAUCAAGAUAAUCGUCGUAAAUAUGACCCUUAUUCCAAUACUUACAACCCAGGGUGGGAAAGACACCCUAAUUUUUCAUGGUCUAGAGGUCAGUAUGAAGGUCAUUCUAAUAAUGCUAGUGGUUACACACAGAAACCUUCCAUUCCUAAUGAUUCUUCUAACCAAAGAAUGCCUAGUAUGGAAGAAAGUCUAAGUUUGUUUAUGCAGGCUACUCAAAAGUCAAUAACAAACUUAGAGCAGACCACUGCAAGGUCCAUA